UACUAUGAAACUACUUUGACUGGAGUACACUACAAAAAAGAAUUCAAUUCGCUUCACUAAUUUGCAUCAGCGUUUAAUUGCCGUCGCUAAAGCUUACUCUUUCGCGACAGAAAAAUUUGACCGUCGCAAUUGUAUAGAGAUUUUGCGACCGUAUUAACUGCCGUCGCCCCUAGUGGUCGCCAACCACUAUGAAUUUGCUUCGGCAAGCAUUAGCCGUCGCAAGUUUUUAACAGUUUGCUACUGCAAAACACUUCCCGUCGCUUUAGGGUGGUUAUCUGAACGAUUCUAUCUCUUUGAUUAAAAGAAAACUUCUUUUCUUUCUCUGCGCUGCUCUCUUUCUUCUUUGACCCCAUGACUCCAUCUCGAUCCGACACUGAUGAUUACUUUCAGAUUUCCUCUCUAGAUCUGCCAAAUUUGUAGCAGAAUGUAACAGCCGACUAAUUGCUUCGAUUUCGGUCCUGUCAAGUUUACCAGGCUAUCUACAAACCAAUCGUUCCUCUCAAGAUCCUUCCUCUGGGUGAGAAACAAAAGGAAAAGUGAUGGGACCAAAACCAAUGUUGAGAGGAACAAAGAGGGGUACAAGUGAACAGGCAAUUGGGUAAAGAAGAAAUAAAUCUAAUUGUAUUUUUUUCGGUGGACAUCAGUAUAAUGCGGCUAAAUCAAAGAAAACGAAACAAAGAACUUAAUUGGGAAAGGUGGGCAAGCAGAAGCUCACAUUAGCCACCCCAAUGCUGUUAAAUUGCCUGGAUUUGGCAUCAAUGGUGUUUGCAAACAGAGAUAAAGACAAUAUUUUAGCAGGGAUGAUAAUGAGUAUUCCCUUUCAAAAAUUUGGAGUAGAGACAUACAAUGUUGAAAAGGGAUUCACUCUCGGAUUACAUUUUUUCUCUGAAUCCCUGUGUAUAAAACCAACAUCUCCAGCUGCUUUCCAACAAGAGAAGCCUCCAUCAAAGUCACCAUCUACUGUUACACAAUAUCAGGCUUAUCCAUCACAAUCAACAUCACCGAAGACUGGGUUGGCUACCUAUGAUCUAUCUGAGCUGCAAAUUGAGGGUGAUGCAAAUUGCCAGUUUCGAGCAAUAGCUUAUCAGUUUUUCGCAAUCCAGACUACCAUAAGCAUGUUAGAAAGCAGGUAUGACUGAUCAAAGGCAUCUGCUUCAUUUCUCAUGUUAGCUCUUUCCCGAGAUAGGCAUUUCUCUGCCUUGCUUUAGUUACUGUUAGGCAAAACUAAUACCAGAAUUUUCAAAACAAAUAAAUAGUCUUUGUGAGCUUAAGAGUUUUACACUAUGAUGGAAGGCAAACAUUUAUCAGAUAUUCAAGUGUUUUUUCAAUUAUCUCAAUGUUUACUUCACCGCUAACAGAUCACUUUUAACUUGCUUUCAGACACUGCAAUUUCUGGGUUGCUUUAAUUUCACAUUUACCACACAUGUGAUUUAACAUAUAUCCAUUAUUUCAGAAAUUAGUGAUCAAGACAAGGAGCAUCGAGUUCAUGCCAUUCUAUCUUUCUCCUGCAACCUUCUUGAUCAGUCUCUCUUUCUUUGCAUACGGACUUUUCAGAGAAGAUCCAUUCAUAUAUGUAAGUAUUGUGUUUCCUGCUGACAAAAACCAAUUUUCAAUUCUAAAGUGCAAAUUUCAGCGGUUAAAUUAUCGCCUUAGCUAGGCAGCAAACACAUCUCACUUUAUUUUAUUUCUUGGCAACAGUUUACAUUUCAAUUGGCAAAAUAAAUAUACAUUUACAGUUCAUCAUACUCUUCUGAUUCACAUUUUCUACAAGUCUAAUUCUCUAGUUGAUUAUCCAUGUUUGACGAAUCUAUGAAUGUCAAGCAGCUUGAGAACAUAUUGUGAUCCAUGUCAACUUCCACUAUCGGAUAGCCUAUCUGCAGCAAAGCGCGGGCACGCUUUCUAGUUUUCUUUUGUUCUUUGGUUGAUGAUAAGUGUUGUUCAAUUGAUCAAACAUGUUUAUCAGCUAUAUAUGUAUUUGAAUCUGGUAUUCAUGUUUUGGUGCAUUUUAUAUAAAAUUUAUUAUUUGGCUUC